AUGAGACGAGUUGCUGGGGGUCUAUCCAGCUUCGCUAAUGCUCCUGUUUAUUAUUCCAUGGUUGCCUACAACCCACUGUAUCCUGAGAAAAGUCCUGAGAGACUUAGCCAAAAAACGCAUCGUAGCGAAGGAGUUGUUCGAUCAGCGAUAAUAAUCAUGAGGAAAGCAGAAAAGAUGAGAACAGGUUUCUGCAAUCGUCUUCGCGCCACCGUCGUCGCCGCCGUAGUCUUCACUUGGUCAUCAUCAUCAUCAUCAUCAUCAUCAUCAUCAUCAUCAUCAUCACAAAUACUACUACUACUAUCGGUACUUCUACCCUUUCUCUCCUCUCUUCUUCUUCCUCCUUAUACUCAGUGCAUACGUAUGUGCUCUUUUUCUCCUUCUUUGCCUCCUCAAUUCUUCCUUUUCUCUUCUCUCCACUCCCUGGGACUUUACCCCUCUCGAUGUGUUAGCUGCAUCUGUCCUUGUUCUUUGGCUUGUCCCUUACCUCGCUCUCAUUUCGCGAGGUAA